AUGCAGACGAUGAAUGAUCAAUCACCAGCUAAGACCCGAGAGGAUCUUGUUGCUGAGAGAAUACUUAAGAGGGCGGAGAUCGCCAAGCUGACAAGGCAGUUGAAAUCCAGGUUGUUUAAAGCCGGACUUAAAGUUCGUGAAAGCCAAGGGAAAGUUUUGUUAUCGUCUGCCUCCAUAGUAUCAUUGAAGUCUUCACCUUGUAAAGGGGGACCUGCUAUGAAGGCCAGCUGUAGGGGUGUUAUUUCCGCUGAGAAGUCGUCCCUUGAUGUUGAUGCAGAUACUUCGAAUUCACCCAUUACUCCAAUAAAAAGGCGAGUAAAUUCUCACGACAAAAUCGUCGACAACGUGGAACAAGACCUUUCUUCGUCUCCAAUCAAGCGAUUUCGCAGCAGCAGUGGUAAUAUACCUUCGUCUCCUUUCUAUGUGUCUAGCAGUCCUCUAAAUCACAACUUAGCAUCGACUGCCCAGAAGGCAGAUUCUGUGCAGACACCUCAAUCGAUGUCCUCGUCGCAGACUAUGGCUCCAAAGACUCCUCCUUCAGGUAAAUUUGCUACCCUCAACGAUACAGGUUUAGUGAAAACCCCUAGUCAUAAUCAGCAGCAAGAUCGGAAUGAUGUCUCUAGCAUUACAUAUUUGCAUCAAAGUCGUAAGGCUUCGCCAGCAUCUCUUCGUCACGCUCAGGAUCAAGCCGCUGCCCCUUCCAACUCGUUACUAGCGACUCCAAAGACUUCGACCAAUAAUAGUAGAUCUAAGGAGUUCACUACUCCCACCUCUAAAUUCAUCAACGAUAAUGAGGAAGGUGCUGAUUUAUUGCUAUAUCUUUCCAAUUCUCCAGCAGUAACUUCCACUUCCAAGGAUACUGGCUCUAAAGAUUUCAACUCUUUCAUCAGCAUUCCUUCGACUCCCAAAGCAUCAACCUCGGUUAUACAAUUCUCCAGUACGCCCACUUUUGGUUUUGACACCACUCCUCCUAGAGGCAGUGUGCUACCUUUGCCUAUGUCUACGCCAUCUGGGUUAAUGGGAUCUCAGUUGCAUAUAGGUACUCCUAACUCCUCUGCUUUACAGUCAUUGAUGGGCACCCCCGGCAAUUCAGGUAUGGUCAAAUUUCAUACUCCAGCUACUCCAAUUAAUAAACUUUCAGUGGGUCCCAGCAACAAAACCCCAGUCUUUAGUAUGAGUGACUAUGUCAACAUUUUCACUCCCUCUCCAAGGUAUGCAAAGACCCCCGAAAUGGGCCAUGGUUUCCCUAGACCCUCAUCUGGUUUGAGCUCGAAUACCUUCAAAGCUGCUGCAUUAUCCAACUCUUCCACAAGUACUUCUGCAGUUAUUUCUGAAAAUACUUCUGCUACUUCUUCCCUAGUUGCUCCUUCUGAUGCUUCUCUAAAGGGGCCUUCGGAUUCAACUCAGACCGCUGACAUCUAG